AGGUGUCGCGACAUGUUCAGCUGCUAUGGACUUAUAUCCACGAGAUUGUAUAACAAAAAAUAGAACUUUUAGUUUAGCAAAAGUACGGUUAUGAACAUUAUGUUGGUGUACUGUCUUUUUCAACCCGUGUCUUGAAAAGAACUUGUUGAUACAUCACAUUACAAAAGUAGACAGUUGAAGUGAAACCUGGCACAUGUAUGAAGGAAUUUUGAUGUCUGUUUUCACCCAGUGAUGCCGAUGGAAUGUACUUCUAUUUGUUUGGACAAGCAAGCACCUGAAACAUGUCUUUCACUACAAAACAAUAUCAUUCAAGUAUGUGGAGUUGGUGAAGUGGAGAUUCCUCCUGACCGUGGGUUAUUACGUGUUACAGUAACAAGUACCAAAAGUACUUCAGAAGAAGCUGUGAAUAGUGUUGAAAGAAGAUUUGAAUAUGUUCUACAUACAUUAAGAACACAUGGAGCAGAGGAAGAGAAGAACACUGUUACUCGUCACUUAAUUCGCCAAAGUCCAGACAACUAUAUCAUGCAGGCAGAUGUGGAGGCAUCUUUUAGGAGAAUUGAAGAUUGUCAGACUGCUGCAGUAAAAUUAGUCCAGAAACUGGACUCAACUGUCCAUGUGGGUAAACCAGAAUUUUAUCAUAGUUCUCCAGCUAGAGAGGCAGCUAGAAAGAAAGCUUUUUCUGAAGCUGUUUGUAAUGCACAAGAAAAAGUGUCUGAUUUGGCUUCAGUGUUUGCAGUAAAAACUGGUGAGCCUUUGUUGAUUCUUGAAGAGUAUAGUGAAGUACAUCCUUGUAGAGAAACUAGACAGUUAAGAGAAAGCAGUGAAACAAUAAUUCCACUCAGACGCUCCUUACAGGAAGAAACCUAUUUCGCCAAAAGCAAAAUACUUGUAAAAUUUGAAAUUGGUACAAAAACUUCUCAGGACUUUUGUAAGAAAGUAGAGAAAAAAAAUUAGGAACAUCAAGUCUUAAGUUAUAAUACCUCUAAAAAAAUGAAAUAUUGAGCAGGUCCUGUUUGAGUUGAUGAUGAAUAAAGAACAUUGAUUAGUGGAUAUGACUAUUAAUAUUGUGUAUUCAUCACAAUGUAGCUAUCCAUUUGUUUACUAAUUUUUAAAAUGUUUUCCAAGUUGUAAAAAAGUUUUUAGAUCAUAAAUAUUUUAUUAUAAACCAAAUUUUCUUGAAUUUAUUACUCAGUACCUGACAUAAUCUAUCGUUAGGCUAGCGUGUUUUUAAGAUAAUGAUAAUAUAUACAUGUACAGUAACCAUUAGUCACUACUUUUAAAGAAAAAUAUACAAAUACAUCCUUUCUAAUAAGUUGUAGAAAAAUGGAAGUUUGAUUCAGUUGGCUGGUUAUUUGGUGUUAAAUUUCCAUUUUGAUUGCUCUUUCUAAAGUAAGUAGUGUUUACGUUAUAGAGUUUCAUAUAUAAAUUAAAUUAUCAGUUGGAAUAUUUUCAAGUGAAUUUAAUAGCAUUAUGAGAUCCACAGUGAAAGAAAUAAGCUGUUUCUAUUGUAUAUUUGUAAUUUAAACCAUACUUUUAACAUUUUAAUCAUACCAUCUAAACACCCGCAACAUUUUUCAUAUAAAUACACCAUAUAAUAAUUUAGGACAAAAAUAUGAAACCAUGAUAAUUUAGGAUAUGGCUUCUAAAAAUUUAUAGUGGAAACUUUAAUGUAAUUACAUUUUAAGGAUGUAACUUUAUGUUUUCUUAUCUUGUGGGUUUUUCUCUAUGUAAACUUAGUAGUGUUUACGAAUUAUUCGUUGGUAAAGCCCUUGUAAAAAUUUCAUCAACUUCCAAGAUUAUCUUCAUAAAAUUGUAAAGCAAAAAUUAUAUCAUUAGAAAAAACAGUCUAUUAUUUUUUUCUUUU